AGGCUUUUGGUGAGCACAGAGAGCAAAGACAAGUUGUCCCUCAACUUCAUGUAUGAGGCGCCCAAAGGGGUGCAGAGGGAGAGGACCAAAGAGGACGACGAACCCGAGUAUAAGUUCGAGUGGCAGAGGAACGCCCCGCGAGAAAGUUUUGCCAAAAAUAAUAUGGAUAUCAGAGACCAACCGUUUGGCAUUCAGGUGCGAAACGUGCGGUGCAUUAAAUGCCACAAAUGGGGUCAUCUGAACACAGACCGCGAGUGUCCGCUCUAUAACCAGGGAAGCUCUCUGAUGGACGGCCCCAAUAAGGUGGCGCCGGACGAACUCAUGCGAGCCAUGCAAGAGGACGGACUCGCGCUCAAGAAGAGUAUUGUUGGCCAACACUUCGACCCCAAUGAACUGAAUCAAGUGAUGAUCGCUCAGGAAGAAGACCCCGAAACCACUUUUCUGAAGACUCUUUCGUACAAACAGAAGAAGAAGUUAUUAAAAAAGUUAAACAAAUUAAGCGUCGCUUCGAAUAGCGAUUCAAAAUUAAAGCAUAAGAAACAUAAAAGUCAUAAAAAGAGCCGAAAGAGUGAUUCGGAAAAGGAUUCGCACAGAGAUAGAGACCAAAGAAGGCAUUCGUCGAAAAAGAAAAGCCAUAAAAGCGAUGAUUCGGAUGAGUCUAAGCAUCGAAAACACAAAAGGGAGCCCAAGAGGUCUGAGACUAGAGAUAGCGAUGACUUGUCUCAUGAUUCCAGACAUAAAAAGAGAAGACAUUAA